AAAUCGAAGAUACUAUCACACAGACUCAGCUGACAUCGCUAGGGUUCGAGCUCCGUCACUUUCAAAUCGCCGGCGUCUGAGUUGAGGAAAUGAGGCCCAUUUUUUGUGGGAAUUUUGAAUAUGAUGCUCGACAGAAUGAUCUGGAGCGGCUUUUUGGAAGAUAUGGGAAAGUUGAUAGGGUGGAUAUGAAGGCUGGUUUUGCUUUCAUUUACAUGGAUGACGAGAGAGACGCUGACUAUGCGAUACGAGGACUCGAUCGGAGAGAAUUUGGUCGGAAAGGACGCAGGCUUCGUGUUGAAUGGUCGAAGCAUGAGCGUGGCUCUAGAAGACCUGGUGCUUCAAGAAGGUCUUCAACUAUCACAAGACCAUCAAAGACCUUGUUUGUUAUAAAUUUUGAUCCAUAUCACACCAGGACCAAGGAUUUGGAGAGGCAUUUUGAUCCAUAUGGGAAAAUAAUAAGUGUAAGGAUCCGAAGGAACUUCGCUUUUGUUCAGUAUGAGUCACAGGAGGAUGCUACUAGGGCACUGGAGGCUACAAACAUGAGCAAGCUGAUGGACCGAGUUAUAUCAGUUGAAUAUGCAGUUCGUGAUGAUGAUGAAAGAAGAGAUGGCUAUAGCCCUGACAGGAGAAGUCGUGAGAGGUCACUAGAGAGAGGCCGUGACAGAAGACGUUCCCCAAGUCCCUACAAAAGAGAGAGGGGAAGUCCUGAUUAUGGCCGUGGCCCUAGUCCUGGUCCAUACCGAAGGGAGAGGGGUAGUCCUGAUUAUGGACGUGGCACAAGUCCUUACCGAAGGGAAAGAGCAAGCCCUGACUAUGCCCGUGGGCAUAGCCCUAGUCCUUAUAGGAGGGAGAGAUCUGAUCAUGGGAGGGUCUCCAGUCGUAGUCCCCGAAAAGAGAGGGUGAGUGCUGAUCAUGGCCGUGACCGCAGCCGCAGCCGCAGCCGUAGCCCUUAUUUUGGAAGAGAUGUGGCUGCUGCUGAAAAUGGUCACGCUCGAAGCCCUAGUCCUACUCCUUAUAAGAGAACUAGAGCUAGCCCUGAAAAUGGUCAUGGUCCCAACAGUAGCCCUUAUGAGGGAGAUAGAGCCAACAGCCCGGAGGAAGGUCGCAUUCCGAGUCCCAACUCAGUGCCCGAUGCCAAGGACAGCCCCAAUUAUGGUGGGCCUGAAAGCCCCAUGCAUGAGAGAUAUAACAGUCGGUCACCCCAAGCCGAGGAGGAAUGAUCUUGGUGGUCUGUACUAGUGUCUGGUGAGGAGUGGAGUCGGAGCUUUGUCUGUUGCAAUUUGUAGUUCCCAGGACAUCUAAUGUGGGUUCGAUCAAGAGAUCUGUAGUUUCGUGUAGCCUAGUAUUUAGCAUUUAGAUGCUUAUGUGUUGUAGCUUCUGCUUAAAACCUUGAAGGAACUUAUUUUGAUAAUUGUUUCUGAGCAUGACUCCUAAUACAGAUUGCCCCCAUUUGGCACCAUUUAAUGACAUUUUAUGUCGGAUUUGUUGAGUUUUAUCUGCAGCAACUUGAUACUUUUCGUAUUC